UAUCAACAUCUCUCUCAUUCUCUCUCUCUCUCUCUCACACACACACACACAAGCUAGCAUUCAUUGUUGAAUGCUGAUUUUAGCCUGUAGUCUUAGCUCUUCUUGCUCAUCUUCUGGUAUACCCACCAUUGAUGACAACAGGAGAGAUUCAGAGAAAAAAAAAGAAGGAUAAUAUUGAAAAUUUCAUUCUGAUCAGCGGAUAAGACCCUCUUAAUCCUGUCCAAUAUUUAAGGGAAAUUCCCAUCAGAGAGAGACCUAAUUAUCUCCCUUUAGAUAAGAGAGAAAAUUUACCCACUAAAUUUGGGCCUAAUCUCUCAACUUAGCUUGUGAUCUCCACUAUACCCUCUCUCCUACAAAAAUAAUCAAACAUGUUUUUUGGUUGAACGGGGUUCUCUUGAGUUUUAUUCUUUUUCUUGAACUCAACCAGUUCUAAUUUUGAAGUUGAACCUCUAUAUGUUUUUAUUUGUAUACAUACAUACUGGAUAGUAACAGUAGUAGUAGCAGCAGCGGGAGUGUUUGAUUAGUAGUGUUGUUCUUGUUCUUGCAAUGUUCAUUCAUGGACUGCUUGAGAGAAAUAGAAGGCAAACAAGCUCAUGAUCCAAUAUUCAUUGAAAAAAUGAAUAAAUCAUCAACACGGUGUGUGCGCGUCCCUGGUCCGGUGAUCGUCGGGGCAGGGCCCUCAGGGCUAGCGGUGGCGGCUUGCCUGAAAGAAAGAGGUGUCCCAAGUACAGUCAUAGAGAGAUCCAACUGCAUAGCCUCUUUAUGGCAGCUAAAGACUUAUGAUCGCCUUCGGCUUCACCUGCCAAAUCAAUUCUGCGAGCUUCCGCUUCUGGGGUUUCCUACUGAAUUUCCAACUUACCCUACUAAGCAACAAUUUAUUGACUACUUAAAGAAAUAUGCAGACAAGUUUGAUGUUAGACCACGGUUCAAUGAAACUGUUUCACAAGCAGAAUUUGAUCAAGUUCUUGGAUUUUGGCGCGUAAGGACUGUGGGGCCAAAGGUGGAAGAGACAGAGUAUGUGUGCCGGUGUUUGGUGGUGGCCACCGGAGAGAAUGCAGAGGCGGUGGUGCCAGAUAUUGAAGGAAUGGAAGAAUUUGGAGGUGCUAUAAGGCAUACAAGUUUGUAUAAAAGCGGAGAAGAGUUUACAGGAAAAAGGGUUUUGGUGGUUGGAUGUGGGAAUUCAGGAAUGGAGGUUUGUUUAGAUCUUUGCAAUCAUAGAGCCAAGCCUUCACUUGUGGUCAGAGAUACAGUGCAUAUUCUACCAAGAGAGAUGCUGGGAAAAUCAACAUUCGGGCUGUCUAUGUGGUUGCUAAAGUGGCUGCCUAUGAGGGUUGUGGAUCGGUUGCUGCUGAUAGUGUCGAGGCUGACGCUAGGAGACACAGCAAGAUUGGGAUUGAAGCGGCCGCAAUUGGGUCCCCUUGAACUCAAGAACAUGUCUGGGAAGACCCCAGUAUUAGAUGUUGGUACCCUCGCCAAGAUCAAAAGUGGAGACAUUAAGGUAUGUUCAGGCGUCAAGAGGCUGAAACGACAUAGUGUAGAGUUUUUUAAUGGGAAAACGGAUAACUUCGAUGCCAUUAUCUUAGCAACAGGUUACAAAAGCAAUGUACCAUCGUGGCUAAAGGAAGGGAACAUGUUCUCGGAGAAAGAUGGGUUGCCAAGAAAGCCAUUUCCAAAUGGGUGGAAAGGUGAGUGUGGGCUCUAUGCAGUGGGGUUCACUAAACGUGGAAUUCUUGGUGCUUCAAUGGAUGCCAAGAGAAUAGCUGAAGAUAUUGAAAGGUGUUGGAAAGCAGAAGCAUUCUAUGGCCUUUGCUAGGUCACUUUUACCUCAAUCAUCACAAUGAAGUUUUGGUUUUUUGAGUUCUAUAUAUCUACAUAUAAAGAAAAAAGAAAAAGAGAAGAUUUCUUUUGGAGAAUUAUAUGAGAUUGGAGGGUUUUUCUCCAAUAGAGGAAAAGAAAAGAAAAGUUAUGAAGGGUGAGACUAGAGAGAUAUAGCUGGAAUAAGCCAUAUCAUUUCAAAAUGACACCACCCCAUAAAAGCCUUGGGAAGGAGGAAACUUUUGAGAAGAAAAGAAGGUUUGGAGUGGGUUUUGUGGGGGACUACAGCUUUUCUGUACAUCUUGUACAUUACCAUUUUUCUCUAAUUAGGUAUUGACUUUUUAGAGAGCGAAAAGACAGGAGGAGGAGAAGGUGGUAGGUUGUUUGGUAUUCAUUUGCUGAGUGAUAUGAGUGUGCUUAACCUUUUAAUUUCAUCGUUUUCCAUGAGGUUUGGGAUCAGAUUUUAGAGAGCAUUUAACUUUCGAAUGUUUUCCCUAGUCUUAGCCUUCUUGCCUAUGCUUAAUUAAUUUUUUUUCCCCGU